AUGCAUCCCGACGUGAAGAAACUUGUCUUCACAGUUCCUGAAAACUUCUCGUCUCAAUAUCUCAGCUUCUCUCAAUAUUUCUACGCCCGCCUUCCAAACCUACAAUCCCUCGAGCUAAAAAAUCUGACCUCCAGCAGCAAUCCUAAUGCCCAGCAGGCUCUCGGUACGACUAUCGAGAAACUCGCCCAGCUAAGGCAGUUGACACUGCCUUGCGGACUUGUUGAUGGCUUGAUGAAUAUACUUUCUAAUUUGCCCAAGCUGGAAGCUUUGUCCAUGACAAGUAGAAGCAACUCCGAUAAUAACUUACCACUAAGCGACGGAGCAUUUUCUUCACUAUCCGCGAUUUCUCUUGUAAUAUCAUUUGCUGCGUCAACUCAGCUCUUCAACCAUCCCAACCAUCCUCCUGCACUCGUUCGCAUUCGUAUCGAGUCUCCGAGAGCCGAAUCGCCAGCGCACAUGACCCAGUUACUGGAUGCCAUCGCCGCCAGCUACCCCCGCCUUCGUCAACUCCAUAUCUCUUGCCUUACCUCUUCCGCCCCUCCGGAUAUCAAUGAAACUGUUGACAUACGCACCAUCCGCCCAAUACUGAAAUGUGCCAUGCUUCGUUCUCUGGAACUUGCGCACUAUCAUCCAUUCCGCCUCCUUUAUGUCGAUGUAGAGGAGAUUGCAAUCUCUCUCCCACACAUCGAGACACUAGUUCUAAAUUGUAGCCCGGCCAGCAAAUCACUACAAAACACACUCAGCUUCCCCGCUCUGAUCUCUCUAGCUGCCAAUUGCCCAAAACUUGAACACCUCGGACUAUACCUUGGUUUGCGCGAUGAAGAUAUACCAGCUUCAGACCAGAAUCCACAAGUCAAGUUCAACAACCUACGUACAUUGUGUACUGGCUUCUCGUCCGUCAGCAAUCCUCGUUCUGUCGCUUUCUUCCUUAGCUUCCUUUGCCCGUGGCUCGCCGAUUUUGUACGGGGUGAUUCCUGGAUGGGGGAGGGGCGUACUGGGAAGGAUGGGAUGAAAGAAUGGGAUGAAAUUGAGAGUUUGCUACCUUUUUUGUCCUCAGUCCGCGCCCAUGAAAGAGCUUCCGUUCAUCGCAAGCUUCAAGGAGCCUAA